ACACACGCCGCCCCGCUCGGCCCUUUAACAAUGGGCGAGGCGGGCGGCGCCGCGUGAUGGCAGGGGAGCCCUCGGCACGCCGCGCCGCGCUCAGGUGCCCCGCGCCAGGCCCCGCCGCGGCCGCUGCGUAGGGUGAGUGGGGGUGGGGGGAGCGGCGCCGGCCCUUUGUUGGGGCGCGAUCGGGCCCCUCGCCCGGCGGCAGGACUUAACGAGCCUCAGUUGUGCCGCCGGCUCGUAUGACGGCCAGCUGGGCCGGGGGGCCGUGGGGCCCCGCGGCGAGAGCGGCAGCUGAUCGCGCUUAACUGCGGGCGAGCGGGGAAGGGGCGAGCGUGGCGCUGCCCGCCCCGUCCCGCCCGCGCUCAGCCGGCGCCGCUUCCUCCCCUCCGCCCAGGCCCCGGCCGCGCCGCGCCGCCCCCCAUGGAGCUGGAGGCGCAGUGGUGGACCGGACAGCUGGCGGCGGACAUCCACCAGGCGCUGCGCUACAAGGAGCUGAAGCUGCCCUCCUACAAAGGCCAAUCUCCCCAGUUACAUCUGAGAAGAUACUUUGCAGAUCUGAUUGCCAUUGUGAGCAAUCGGUUCAGACUCUGUCCUGCUGCACGACAUCUAGCUGUGUAUCUGCUGGACCUCUUUAUGGAUCGCUAUGACAUAUCCAUACAGCAGCUGCAUGUGGUUGCUCUUUCCUGUUUACUUUUGGCAAGUAAAUUUGAAGAAAAGGAAGACAGUGUUCCCAAACUUGAACAACUGAACAGCUUGGGAUGUAUGACUAAUAUGAAUUUGGUACUAACAAAACAGAAUUUGCUUCAUAUGGAGUUACUGUUGCUAGAAACAUUUCAGUGGAAUUUGUGCCUCCCAACUGCUGCUCAUUUCAUCGACUAUUAUCUUUCUAUUGCUGUCCAUGAAACUGAUCUUCAUGAUGGCUGGCCAAUGGUUUGCUUAGAGAAGACUAAGUUAUAUAUGGCAAAAUAUGCUGAUUACUUUCUUGAAGUAUCGCUGCAAGAUCAUGCAUUCUUAAAUUAUGCCCCUUCUUUAGUUGCCACUGCAUGUGUAGCUUCUUCAAGGAUUAUCUUGCGCCUCUCACCAACAUGGCCUACUCGACUGCAUCAUCUUACUGCAUACUCCUGGGAUUUUCUAGUGCCAUGUAUUGAACGCCUAUUAAUUGCACAUGAUAAUGAUGUGAAGGAAGCAAACAAGCAAAAAGGACAACACGCUCAGUCUGCUCAACAUACUGUAUUUCAGACCCCAGGUCCAACUGCCCAGCAGGCUAAUGUUCAACCGCACAUACCACAGUAUCUCCAAGCUCAUCAGUCUUCAUUACAGUAUCAUCAUCAGACAUCACAACAGCAAAACUGUCAACAGAUAGUAUCAGCUAAUCACACGGCAUCUUAUCCACUUCAGACUUGCCCUGCUGCCUUACAGUCUAGUGUCCAGGCUCGAUCCCAUGUACAGACUGGUGCUGCUAUGUCACUAGCUGUUCCUCUAGAAGUGAAGCCAUGUAUAAGUGUCUCCUACAACCGGAGUUACCAAGUGAAUGGACGAUAUUCCUGUGUUACUCCCUGCUUUGAGAGGUGAUAAGUACAAAAAUGAUCUUGUGCUUGUUUAUGGGGGGGCAGGAAGUUGCAUUGAAGGGGAAUUAUUUUGUUUUUGUUUAACCUCAAAUAUGUUUGAGGGCAGGAAGUUGUAUUUAAAAAAAAAAAAAGUGUCUUUCCAGUGGAAAAAAAAAAAACAACUGGAUUGGCAAUUAGUACUGUAGCUCAAAUACAGACUGCCAAAACUAAGCACACAGAACAUCUGAAAGAAUGUGUAUACCUGGGCAUAAUAACUUCUUACUCAGGCACUCCGAAUAGUCUGUGCUUCUAAUGCACAUACUUGAAAUAUUAGCCAAAAGAAAAAUGGCUGUGGACUGACUACAGAAGUACUGUUGAAUGAAGGAGAUACUCAGUAUUAUUUUCGAAGACAUUUAUGUAAUAUCACCAUACAGUAUUAAUGUUUACUUUAAAUUUACUGAAACUUAAGAAUCCACUGAAUGCCAGACUUUUCCAAAUACAUAGGGACCAGAAGAAGAAACAAAUUUCAUUUUGAUAACUCCAUGCUCUUGUGUUGGAUAUUUGCUUUAGAUAUUUGCAUUUGAGUUAACUGGUAUUGUGGCUAGUUUUUAAGUUUUGUACCUCACAGGAUAGACACUAUGUUUUUCCUUCUUUUUUUUCCUUCCUUAUCCUUUUUGUUUAAAGUAACUCUUUCAUACUAACUCAGGGAAUUUUCUACUCAUUACUUUGCGCUGCUGGUUUGUACGCUUAAUUGGGUAUAACCUGAGGGAGAAAGGGAAGAGACUAUAGCAAAUGGAGCGGCUUUUCUUCAGGGCAUCUACAUACCAAGUACCAAAGGGAAGCAUUGGUGUUUGCAGAAUGUAGAUGUGAACUACUGUCCAGCAGUGAGGUAUUAAAGAUUGAAGAAAAGAGAAAGUUUCAUCUGAGCUCGUGCUGUGCCAGAAUUGUUACAUUGACUGUGAUUCCUCCAUGUCCAUGCAUGCACAACCACCAAGGAUCCUCCAAUUGUACUGGCAGUAUCAACUAGGGGGGGGAGGGUGUGGGGGGGAAGCAGGCAAAUACUCAUAGAAAUCCAGUUCUGUGUCAGGCUUACAGCAGAGAGAAAUUCUCAGGUAAUAGUGGGGCAAAUUUAUAUUCUGUUUGGGAAUUCCAGAAGAAAAUGCAGAGAUCUACUCUUCUAAAUGGGUGGGUCAAAAUAUAUUGCAGAGUGAACUGCUUUAUCACAAUUAAGGUGUUGAUCUCAUAACUUUAUGAAAUUACACUAUCUCCUGUGGAGCAGGUAGUCUGAGGGUAGAAAGCUUCACUCAUCCAUCUCCUGGAUGAAAAUGGUAAUGAUGAUACUAGGGAAAAACUUCUUAAAAAAAAAUACCUGCCUCUCCUGUGGUAGAAUAUGGGAGGAAAUUAGGAUGACAGGAUUCUUACUACUUUAAAAUAUCUUUAUAGGAUGUAAGCUUAAGGCUUUUUUGUUUGUUCUUCUACCAUAUUCUGCUUAUCUUAGUAGCAACACUUACAAAGUGUGUACCAUCCCAUUGGGGAUCUUACAAAGACCACUUUGAAAAUAGGGGCAAUUAAGACACGUUACCAAUAUUAAGAUGAGUGCUUUCUCACUGGAGAGAGGGCCUUUCCAUAAUGUUCAGAAUAGAGAGGAUACAGAUACAUUCAUUCUCUCUGGAGUUGAAUGAUAACGUGCUACAAAAAUCUAUUUAUUGAUGAGGAGAAUAAAUCCUGUUCCUUUUGUUCUGUUUUCUGUAUAAAUCCCAAUUUUUGUUGUGGGCUUUUGUAGCAUAAAAGUGUAAGUCAAGAGGGGGUUAGGAGGAUAACAAAAGAGGUAAUCCUCUCUGUUUUAUUGUUGAGAACCAGCUUUGAAAUAGGCCUAGGGUGGUCAAUUCUUACUUCCUUUAAGUGUAAAAUCUUUUUCCUCACCUCUCCAUCUAUUAAUGAAUAUUUCCCCUUGUCUGAAAGUAGCAUUAAGUUGAGAUUUUCCACCUCAUAAGAUGCCAUGCUUCUUAUUCAGCAUUGUUACCCAUGUGAGAGGAAAAUGGACUUCCUUCUACCAGUUUCAUUUGGUUGCAAUGCUAUAUCCAAGUCCUCAGUGCUCUUAACUACCUCUGAUACUAUGAAUGUACAGUCUUGUAAUAGACCAUGACUUGAAGUAACAGCAGAUGCCUGUAGCAAACUUUUCUGCAAAAUCUCCAUCAGCUAACUCAUCAUCUUUAGUUGUGAUGCAGCAGUAUAGGCUUUUUUUUUUUUUGGAGUAUUAGUAAAGUUAUCCCAUAGGCAUUUGAUAUAUAAAAAUCUAACUAAUACUUAACACUGGAAUUAUAAUGGGUGGGGGGAUUAUUCAGUUAGUUAAUACUACAAACUUACAUUUAAUAGGGUAUUUUUAUUUGACAAUUUUUAAGACAUUAGGUCAACUGUAAAGAAAUCCACUACUUGCUCUUUGUUUUUAAUUUAUUACUUAGUCUGAGUUUUUUUUUCUGACACUACAGCUUCAUAGGGACUACAGAGAAAAUGUAUACUGAACAGUUUUGAUGUAUUAUUUAAAAGGGCUUUACCAGUGUACAUUAAAGAUACACUGUUCUUACUACUAGAACCAAAAUGUUUUCUAUAGCAUAAAUAAGAAUGGUGCUCCUAAAUGCAAAAUGUCCAAAACAAUGGAAUCUUUGUGAGUGCUAUGCAUUCAAUUUAUUUUUAAAAAUAAAACUAGUUUUGAAUAAGAA